AGAAUUAGAAAAAAUUAGAAAAGUGGUGUCGUUGGGCCAAGUUGUUCACAUUCACAUAUACUGUGGUCGUCGGUUUCUGUUUACCAUCCGAGAAUUGGUCUGACGGUGUAUCACGUGACCCCGUCGAGAUUUAUUCAUUCCUCGCAAGAAUGGCGAGCAGAAAGGUUUGUUGUUUGCUCGGUAAUUCGAGCAAGUUGUGUCCAAAACCUUUAACGACAUUGUCUACAACCGUACGAGGUAAAACUUUUUGGGAAACAGGGCAAAAAGUCACUCACACUGGCCAGACAUAUGAUCCAAAUGACAGACGUCUUGCAAGAUUUACCGAUCGACAAAAAGAGGUUAAUCCCAAUUGGGCGAUCAACUUGAUUGCCCAAGUUCCACCAAAGCCGACUAAAGAUCGAAUUGUUGCUUGCGAUGGUGGUGGCGGACCUCUCGGACAUCCCAAAGUUUAUAUUAAUCUGGAUAAACCAGGCAACCAUAGCUGCGGUUAUUGUGGCUUGCGUUUCCACAAAGAGGAUCACCACCAUUGACUCCUGGGAUGUAUAUUUGCCAGCAGUUCAAUUGAAACAUUAGUCCAAGAGUGUUGAAAUGUAAUAUAAGAAAAAGUUAUACAAUCUGUGGUAACAUGAUUCACGGUUACCUGGGAAUAAGGGUCUCAGAAAAAAUCGAAAUCACCGGCUUGUGCUUAGCUAAGAAAAGUAUAUUCUGAUGACGUCUCAGUUCUUAAUAAAUUAAUCGAUUAUCCACUGGA